AUGCGCUACUCCACCGUAUUCUCUGUUGUUCUCGCUGCUGCGACCGCCGCGCCGGCUCUCGCCCUCCCCGUUGGACUUUGGUCCCGCGCAGCCGAGGAUGAGGCUCUGCACGAGCGAGGCCUCGAGGACAACCUCUGGGCCCGUGAUGCACUGAUGCCCAGGGGCCCGACUCGCCCACUGCCCAAACCGCCUGACUCCGCGCCCUCGCCCGCUGCCCAGCAGACCCAAGCGCCGCAGCAGCUUGAGCGACUCUGA